AUGGAUAAUACGGAGAAAAGUAUUCCAGACGAAAGUUGUAGAAUACAGAGGAGCAGAUGUAAUGAUGUUUGACCAUGUAUAGUAACAAUGAAACGUCGUGUGAAGGUUAUGUUAUAAUUUUUAAAUGGAUGCUUAUACCUUUGUAGCAUAUGCUUACACCUGACAUUUAAACAGUGUUUUCAAAACACUAUCUGCGUAUGUGUUUGUUGAAUCAUUAGUUUCGAAAAACAUGCCGGCAUGUAUUACUCGUUGUAUUAACUCAGUGUAUUAAAUAGUAUGAAACUGUCGGAUUUUUGUAUAAAAAGUUCAUUUGUUUUUGAAAAUUUAAUCGAAAUAGAUUUUCUUCUUCAAAGAAAAAAUAUUGUAUAGUAUACAGUUUUCGAAGAAGUUUUAUUUUUCAAUAAGCGACGAUUCCAAGCUUCUGAAAAGGUGAAGAAUCUGUUGAAGAAACAGAGAGGGUGAGGGAUGCAUCAUGACUCAGACAAUUUGAAUUGAAGUACGAAGCUCAUUUAGAAAGAAAUAAAAAUUCAGAAUUUUCAGACAAUCUCCAAUACAAUGCUCUGUAUAAUUCGAUUGCACGAUCGAUCUGACUGUCUAUCUCAUUUCAUGGUAUUUAUUUUAUUCUACGCUUAUUAAUAACGUAUAAUUAUCUUUCUUUCAGAUCGAAGGACCAAGACACGAUUCACACCGACGUCGUUCUGCUUUUAGUCGUAGUCACAGUCAAUGCUCUUUCACCUAAAAUAAAUAACAGUAUUCGUGCCGCUUCGGAUCACAGAGGAGUCCGUAUAUAG